CUGCUAAUUUUAUACAGAGUAAUAUUCUAUCUAUAAAAUAAUAUACCCAAUUCUCAUUGUUCUUGUAUUGGAGUAAAGUAGAAAAUAGUUUAAAUGGACACGAAAGAAACGCAAGAAUUUGUAGAGAAAAAGAAGACUGAAAAUGAGUCAUCAACGAGAAUCACUUGGAAUCGCCCACUGGAAUUUCUUCUUAAUGUCAUUGGCUACAAUGUCGGUCUUGGAAAUGUUUGGAGAUUUUCUUAUUUAUGCUACAAGAAUGGCGGAGGUGCGUUUCUCAUUCCGUACUUACUCGUAGCGGGAUUUUGUGGUUUGCCGCUUCUGUUUCAAGAAGUUGCUCUCGGACAAUUCACCAAACAUAGUUGUUUCGGUGCUUGGGAUUUGGUGCCCUUGAUGAAGGGUAUUGGAAUCAGUGGCCUGUUGUUAUCUUGGUAUUUUCUGAGCUACAUCAUGGUGGUGAUGGCGUGGGUCGUAUUUUAUAUUGUUCAUUCAUUUACAACCGGACCUCUGCCAUGGUCAACAUGCGAUAAUGAUUGGAAUACAGACUCGUGUAGGCCGUCUAUUAUUCUCAACGAUUCCAAGAAUUUGAACACAUCUUUGCUGAAUGUGACAUCGGCUAACACAACAACAUCUACUGAAGAAUUCUGGAAUAACUACGUACUGAGAAGAACUGAAGGCAUCCACGAUAUGGGCACUUUUACGAAUUGGAGAAUGAUAUUAUGCUUCGCAUUUUCUUGGAUUGUCUGCUAUCUCUGUGUGUUGAAAGGAAUCCGAACUACCGGGAAGGUUGCCUAUGUGACCGUGAUAGCACCGUAUAUCAUGAUGUUUGUACUACUCAUACGCGGAGCAACUCUGGAGGGAGCUGGCACAGGAGUUCUCUUCUACAUUACACCUCGAUUAGAUAAACUCGCUGAUCCCAAUGUGUGGUUAGAUGCUGGAGGACAAGUUCUCUACAGUUUGGCAGUUUGCUUCGCUGUGUUGUACGGACUUGGAAGUUACAAUAAAUUCAACACAAACUGCUACAAACAUGCGUAUAUGUGCGUUAGUGCUUGUUGCGGGACUUCUGUAUUCGUUGGAUUCAUCAUAUUUUGUUUUGUCGGUCACAUGGCUUUCGAACAAAACAAGAACAUAUCAGACGUCGCCGAAGGAGGCCCGGGACUUGUGUUCGAGGUUUUCCCGGCAGGAUUAACGCUGUUACCGCUUCCACAACUGUGGUCGGUCAUCUUCUUCAUAACACUGCUUUUCUUUGCGAUUGAUAGCGCGUUUGGAAGUAUCGAAGGAUGUGCAGCUCUUCUUGAAGAUUUCAGACCUCAAUGGAUUGAACGCUACGGUCCGCAAUUCGGUAGAGUUGUCGUCAGUUUGUUCCCACUUUUCCUGGGUAUACCGAUGCUUUUUGAUGGUGGAAUUUACGUGUUCGAACUGGUGAACAUGUAUGGAUCCAGUGGCAUCUGCAUCCUUUUCGCAGCUUUUUGUGAAGCUGUGGCACUGGCGUGGAUUUAUGGCGUGGACAGAUUCUUUGAUAAUGUCAAGUCAAUGAUCGGAUACUAUCCUAGUUCAUUUUUCAAAUAUUGCUACCUCUACGUCAUCCCUGCCAUAACUCUGACAAUCUUCGUCGCAUGUUGUGCCAGAUACGGCCCUCUCAAACUCGGAGACUACGAAUAUCCGUUGUGGGCGAAUGUUGUCGGAUGGAUGAUGACCAUAUCUGUCAUGAUUGGAAUACCGCUGGUUGCCAUGAAAGAGUUAUUGGAUGGGAAAGGAACUAUGAAACAGCGCUGGGAAAGAGCAACAACAUCAAGAUUCACGAGGGAAAAGUCUUCGGAAGAUUCUGAGGAGACUUCAUGUAUAUAUGAAGAGAAAGUUUAGAAGAACUGUUGCUAUAUCCAAAAAUUUGUACCGUGUACAUAUGGAAUGAACUUAUUUGAAACUUCUAGUGAAGAACAAGUGAUCUUCAGAUUUUUUACUUCUCUAGUUGCUAUUUACAUGUCAGUCUCAUCGCGACCAUGUCACCAUAUUCAGUGCUGCUUCGAAGAGUUUGUUGCUUUGGGCUUCGAGCACGGUGUCGUGUUGGACCCAUUGGCUUUUAUUUUUCAGUUUUAUUGUUUAUACGCUUACACUCUUACCCAAUAACCCACUUGUAAAACACGAUAUUCAAGCUUUUUUUACGUAAAUCAAUCGGCUGUCGUUUUG